GUUUUUACAUAUUCCCCCAUUGCCAUCUCUCAGCCAUGAGCCGAAGUCUGGUUUCCAUGAGCCGAAGGCUACUGUCCGUUGAUAAAGCUUCAAAUUGGCGCUGUUAUUGCUCCUCUUCUCCUCCCAAAGAGACCCUUUUUGUUGGCGGUCUCUCAUGGUCGGUAGAUGAGAAGUCAAUGAAGGAUGCUUUCUCUUCUUUUGGGGAAGUUACUGAAGUUAGGAUAAUGUAUGAUAAAGAAACUGGGAGAUCAAGAGGCUUUGGUUUUGUUAAAUUUUCUAAAGGCGGUGAUGCCAGAUCUGCUAAAGAUGCUAUGGAUGGGAAGGAAUUCGUAGGGCGACCAUUACGGAUAAGUUUUGCUCAUGACAAAGUUCGUGGAGUACCAGUUGUGGUACCACAUAUUAGGCAUGUUUAGAACUCCACCCGCAAUACCAGAUAAGAAUUCUUACUGGCUUUGUUUAGAAACUUCCGUCUUGUUUUUUUUAAUGAAUCCAUAGUUUAACAAUAUAAGGUUAUUGAUUUUUGGUUUGUCCAGACAAGUCAAGAACCAUUUUUAUGUCAAUAAUGAUGAUUGCUUCUUUUUAU